CCUGUAAUAGAGGCGAUAGCAGUUUUUGUUGUUCACUACUUGCUCAUUUUUCUGCUCCGCGACUCCAUGGCGGGCAUUGUGAGACAGCCAAUCGAUACGUCGGCUUUGAGUGAAUACAUAAAAGAGAAUGUGGCUCUAAUAAAACUCCCGUUCAGCUUGAAGCAGUUCAGUCAUGGACAAUCCAAUCCCACAUACGAGAUUACUUCAUCGACAGGGGAUAAGUUCGUGUUACGGAAGAAACCACCUGGUAACCUGGUCUCCAAAACCGCUCAUCGGAUUGAGAGGGAGUACGAAGUUAUCAAGGCUCUAGAGCAGACCAACGUGCCUGUACCCAAGACCUAUUGCUUCUGCGAGGACCCAGCCGUCAUCGGAAGCGCAUUUUACAUAAUGGAGUUCUUGGACGGCAGGAUAUUCGAAGAGCCUUGGCUGCCUGGUCUCGACCCCGAAAAGCGCACUAAUAUCUGGAAGGAAGCAGUGGCCACAUUGGGAAAACUGCAUUCUGUAGAUCUGUCGAAAAUCGGACUCGAUGGGUGGAGAAAGCCGACCAGCUUCUACAGUCGUCAGAUCGCGUCACUCGGCAGGAUUUCUAUCGCACAGGCUCGAACAACAAGCGAAUCCACCGGCCAAGAAGUCGGGCCAUUGCCGCACUAUGAGGAGCUCCUGUCUUUCUUCUCAGAUGUUAAGACACAACCCGUCGACCGAAGGACACUAGUGCACGGAGAUUUCAAGUUGGACAAUCUGGUUUUCCACAAAACAAAACCGGAAGUGAUUGGCAUCUUGGAUUGGGAGAUGGCGACUGAGGGUCAUCCGCUCUCUGAUUUUGCCAACUUGAUGUCGCCGUUCUCAUGGUCACCUGGUGAAGUACCGCUGCUGACAGAGCAGGCGCUAACAGACGAUCUGAGAGAGGUGCAAGUCAAGUUCCGCCCGGGCCAUGUGCCUGGGCUGCCGGGAAUGGAUGAGUGCAAGGCCUGGUACCAUGCGUAUUUAGGCUGGGACACAACGCAGGACAUGGACUGGGCCGUGGCAUUCAGCAACUUCCGGACCGCUGUCAUCAUGCAAGGGAUCGCUGCAAGAGUGGUAAAGGGCCAGGCAAGUGGGAUCAAGGCUAGGCAAUUUGCGUUGCAAACGCUGCCGUAUGCUCUCUGGUCACAGUCACGGAUAGAGAAGAUCAAGCAAACAAGGCAAUCGCGUAGCAAGCUGUAG